AUGAGAAAAACUGAUGGCAGAGCGACACCCGAGGGGCCGCCCUGCACAAGCUUCGCACUUUCCUCCCACAAGCCAGCAGCAGCAGCAGCAGCAGCAGCAGCAGUGACAGCAGCAGCAGCAGCAGCUGCAGCGGCCGCAGCAGCAGCAGCAACAGCAGCACUAGUGGCAGCAGCAGCAAUUCGACCGCGGCUCUCCAGAGGUGCCCCCGCCAGCUGCCGCGGAGUGCGGACGCAAAGACCAGCAGCAGCAGCAGCAGCAGCAGCAGCAGCAGCAGCAGCAACAGCAGCAACAGCAGCAGCAACAGCUUGUUUGAGCCUAAGGUGGCUUAGCAGCUGCUGCAGCAAAGCAAUGGGCCUUCGCCUAACUCCGGCGGCCGAGCCUAGCAGAAGAAACAGCAGCAAAAUGGCAGCUCGAGGGCUGCUGCCGCUGCUGCUGCUUGCUGCUGCUGCUGCUGCUGCUGCUGCUCUUGGGGGCCCCUUUAUCGUGGCUGCAGAGGCAAGGUCUGCUGCCCGCAGCAGCAGCCGCGGCGGGGGCCUCAGCCCUCUGCCAGACGCAGGACUCGCUGCUGCUGCUGCUGCUGCUGCUGCUGCUGCUGCUGAUUCUGCUGAGGCAGCAGCAGCAGCAGCAGAUCCAUUGGCAAUCAGCAGCAGCGCCGGCCACAGCUUCGUCCAGAGCCCCAUAGGCGCACAGCCAGAACUCUACCUCGAGCAGCAGCAGCAGCAGCCGCAGCAGCAGCAGCAGCAACACGAGCAGCAGCAGCAGCAGCAGCAGCAGCAGGACUCUGCGCAGCAGCGGGGAAGCUUGCUGGAGGCCUCUGCGUCGCGUGGCCCCCGCGCUGCGCGCGCCGCUGCUGCAGCCGCCCCCCCCGCCCCCGCCGCAGCAGCAGCAGCAGCAGCAGCAGCAGCAGCAGCAGCAGCAGCAGCAGGGUCGCUGCUGCAGCUGCGAGCAGCAGCAGCUUCGCCCGCGCUGUUUGCUGGCCAAGUUGCUGCUGCUUCUGUGGAAAUGAUGCCCGACACUGAAGAGCAAAUUGCGCUGCUGCCGAACUGUGUCUUCUACACUUCUUACCCGGGGACUUGCAUUCCCGAAACCGCGCACUCCCCCUGCAGGUCCAAACCCUAA